AUGGCCAAACAGGAUGGAAAGACAGAAGUUGUUGCCAAUGAUGCUGGAGACAGAACAACACCUACUGCAGUUGCAUUCAGGGACAAUGAAAAAAUUGUUGGUUUGGCUGCCAAGCAAGGAAGAAUGCGUAACCCAGUCAAUACUAUCUUUCAAGUAAAGCAUGUCAUCGGCAGAAAGUUUGAAGAUAAGGUUAUUCAAGGCCUGAAGAGACAGUCACCAUUCAAGGUUGUAGAGAGCAAGGGACUUGCUGGAUUCGAAAUUGAACUCAACAACAAGAAAAUCAUUGUUUCUUCUAUGGAAGUGGCUGUCCAUGUUUUGAGGAAGCUAAAAGAAAUUGCAGUACACCAGGGAGGGAAAGAUGUGAAAGACACAGUACUUACAUGUCCAGUUGAAUUUUCUGAUGAGCAGAGAGAAGCAAUCAGGAAAGCUGCUGAAUCGGCAGGUUUCAAUGUACUGCGUUUGAUCAGUGAUCCGUCAGCUGCUGUCUUAGCUUAUGAAAUAGGAGUGACAAAACCACAUGAUCCAUGCAAUGCUUUAGUGUACAGGUUAGGAGGGUCAUCGGUUAGUGUCUCUUUGGUCAACAUUACAAAUGGACUUCAGAGGGUUGUAGCUUCUAAUACAAGUAGAGAGUGUGCUGGUAAUGAUUUCACACAGGCUUUGGCUGAAUCAUGUGCUACUGACUUUAAAAGACAAUGGCGCAUGGAUAUCACCGAUAAUAAAAGAGCUAUGGGUAAACUCUAUAAUGCCUGUGAAACGGGUAAACAUGUUCUCUCUACAAUAAACUCAGCAAGUAUAUCGGUAGACUCACUCUAUGAAGGAGUUGACUUCCAUAGUAAUGUAUCCAGGGCCAAGUUUGAAUCCAUAAUAAAUGUACCUCUUCAGAGAUGUUUGCAGGUUAUUCAAACAACACUCCAAGAAAAUGGUAUGAGUGCAGCUGAUAUACAUAAGGUUAUUGUUAUAGGAGGAUCAACUCGCAUUCCAAAGCUUCAGAAUCUCUUGAAAGAUAGAUUCCCAGAAUCAGAACUUCUCUCAUCCAUUUCACCAGACGAGGUGGUAGCAAUCGGUGCUGCAGUACAGGCUGCUUUGUUGUCAAGUAGAGAAGAUAGUUUAUCAUGUAGUCCAUCUGACUUACAAACACCAUGUACUGCAAAGUCAAUAUUCAUUAAGGUUGUUGACGAGGCUGGAUCAUCCCUUCUUCAUCCUAUCGUGCCCAAACACAGCUACAUUCCUCUCAGGCAGCAGCAUUAUUUUACUGUCCCUAAAGACCAAGACUCUUUAUCACUUCAACUUGUGGAAGGAGAGCCUACCAGCUCUUUAGAUGAAACAACAAAAUUAGGAAAAAUAAUUCUCAGAGAUCUUGUGUCUGAAGAACCACAAGAAGGCAAGGUCACUUUAGAUCUUCAUUUGAAAAGGGAUGGAACUCUUGAAGUCACAUGUAGUGAGAGCGUUUCAGGAAGUAUGGAUAGCCUUGUGAUAUCACCUUCUAUCAAGAACUCUUAAACACUAACACUCCCACUCUGAUUGUCUUCAAUUUAUAUUGGAGAGUACUGCUCGCUGAUCUCAUCUAAACUUGUGAAGAUCAUAUGGAUAGCGAUAUGUGACAUGGGUUUAACAUGUCAUAAAAUGUGUGAGACAUCUGCUGCUUUAGAUCUUAUUAAUUCUACAUGCUGGCAUGAAUUUGUCCAUUAGUUGGAGCUCAACCCCAAAAUGCAUUGAUGUAAACUCUCCUUAUAACUAACACAAUCACCAACCGUGGUUUUAUGACUUAUCUGCUGGAAUUUCUUGGACAGUUUCUGAGAUCAACUUAAAGAUGCCAUGGUCAUUGUGAUAAAACAUUGCGUGUAUAACGUUAAGAUCAAAAUUUAGCUAAAAAGUGUGGUUUUAUGUAUGCAAAUCAAAUUUGAUGGUUGAUAUAUUCUGAAUUCAUGAUUAUUUUUAUUUUCAGUUGUUACAACUUAUUGCAAUUUAAUUUAAGGCUAAAUCUGAUUAAAUGUCAUACAGGAAUAAAAGAGGUAUUGCCUAAAAGAAGUAACUACAUAAGAAAUCGAUAUUGAUACUAUUAUGAUAUAAUGAUGAUGAUGAUGCACAGCAUUUGUAUAGCGCCAUAUAUCUGUCAAAGACAUUCAAAGGCGCAUUGGAGGAGCCAGCCAAUCUGGGUCGCCAAGAAGGGCGCGCACACAGAACUGUGACCCGCAGGUCUCUCCUCCCGAUAACUGGUUGGGGAAUAUACUAGAAUAUCAGAUGCAUGCUUUUGGUUUGAAUAUAGCAUGCUUUGGGUAUUCAUAGAUAUCAUUCUUCAAAGAGAUUCUGUAUCUGAAUUAUCGUAUAUUUGACUACAAUAAGUGUUUGUGUUAAGAUGGUUUAUUGCUUUUAAGAGCUCAACAAAGCCAAUAAGUCAUUUAAAUUGAAGCAUUUCUCGUUAUUAAGUGCAAUCAUUAUUAUUUCACAUUUAGGCAGAACAAAUAUAUGCAAUGCAGGUGUUGCAUUUAUGUGCACUGGGGACUGUUGCAGAAACGCAAAAAUCAAACGCAAAAAUCAAACGCAACUUAAUUUUAACCAGUGAAACAUUCAUAUUGGACUUGCACUUGAUUUCUUGUGUUGCGUUUAAACUUAACUAUUUCUGCAACAAGCCCAAGAUGUCAUUAUCAUGGUUAUUUACUACAUUGCAAACGAUUUAUGCCAAUUUAUAUGCAAAAAGCAAUGUUCUUGAUGUUUGAUCAUUAUAUCACAGAUUAUCACCCUACAGAUCUUUAAAUCAUAUGAUAUUCAUCAUUUCAGAGGCGUAUUCAAUGCUCCUCAAGAUUUGACAUCGCUCUUCGAUAUGCAAAAAAAUUAAUCGAACACUACUUGCCUGUAUGAAAUUGCCAUAUUUAAAAUGGCCCCUCCUAGUUUCCUUCCUUCCUUCAGAUGAACUUGACCUAUCUGUAAAUUUCUAAAAGCAAAGCAAAUUCUGAACAUUGCUAUAAGAGUUAUUGAAACAUUGAAAGGAGAUUCCUGAUUUUCUUUACGUACACUCAGUUGCAGUGAAUGAGUUUAUAAUGUUGGUUUAAUAUGUGAAGUGUUUGUACAAUAUCCAAUCUGCAUUGAGGCAUUAUUGCUCAUAUAUGUAUACACCAUCCAUUCAUAAUUUAAAUUCUGUGUAAGCUUCCAUUUUUGUCUGCAAAACAAUGGCUUGUGCUGCAUGUUCAUGCGACAUUUUUAUUUGCUAUUCAACAACAAAUGUGAUGCUUCAAAUCUUGAGUGGGGUAAUCUAUAAACAUAACUACCAUUGCAAAUAGUUUUGUACAAGUAUUUAAAUAUAUUUUGAGCAGUGGUAUGUAAUAAAAGACAUUUGUUGAAGUUUUGAA